AUGUUGCCUCACGAUGCCACAGGCAAAAUUGGACCUAAAAACCCUCUGCCUUACAAAAUUGUAAUAAAUGAGCCCAAAGAAGAGCCUCUUCCAGAGUCCCCCAGAACAGAGUUAAAAACGAAUAAUUCAUAUGUCAUUUUUCCUUAUUUUGGAAAACCAAUUUUCCAAGUCUUUUUAGAGGAUCAUAAUCUUUGCCAGAAACGUUUCCACCGCCAUACUAGACAAUUGAAAGAGUUGAAACAGUUUACUACCAAACGCCCAAUUUGCGUUCAAGAUCCACUAGAACUUGGUCGUAACGUAACAUCGGUUGAUGAACUCAAUCUAUCCCGCUUCGUUAUGCAAUGCUCUACUGCCAGAGAAAUUUUGCGCGAUGGCGGAAACUUCAUGAUGAUCGAUUUAUUGUCACCUAUACAAGAGUUGAAGGAGUACUUCGAUGUAUAUUUAUACAUGACAACUAGCAGUGUUCAACACCACAAUCAACUUCUCAAGGCAAAAGACGCCUUGGUAUCAACCUUCGAUCUAAGGGAUAUCUGGUUCACACGAACAAUAAACUUCUGUACCUUGGUUUUCCAGAGAAUUCUUGGAUUGAAAAUAGAGUCGGAAGGACAUUUCAGAAAUAAUCACUCCUACACAGUUUCUUCGAAGCGUCAACCAUGGCGGAGUCAAGAUGUUGAUAUGGAGAUAAUCGAAGAGAAAUUGAAAGUGUGCACAAUUGAUUCGGAAGAAGAUCUAUGGAACAAUUCAUGCGUUGAGUCUUGCAGUUCUUGUUCUGAUGAACCUGAGUUUAGAUGUUCUGUUAUGAUCACUUCCAAUACAACACUGUCUUGUGUAGAAGUGGAGUUCUUUCGGAAUGGCUGUGAUAAAGAUAUGUUUUCUACUUUGGCAAGUUACACGUGUAGAAAUUUGUUGAAAUGGUUUUAUAAGUAUGAGAAUUUGCGUUCAAGAUCCACUAGAACUUGGUCGUAACGUAACAUCGGUUGAUGAACUCAAUCUAUCCCGCUUCGUUAUGCAAUGCUCUACUGCCAGAGAAAUUUUGCGCGAUGGCGGAAACUUCAUGAUGAUCGAUUUAUUGUCACCUAUAGAGAGAGUGAGGUCAGAUACACAGGAUGUCGAGAAAGGGGAAAGGAAGAAAGACAGAGCAAAUUUCAACGUGAACUUCAUGAAGGUCGCACUGAAGUUUCUUUCAUCACCAACGGAAUGUCUAUCCAAUUAGCUUUCACACCACCAACAUAAGAAUAUAACAAGAAAGAUAAACAAUGUGAUUUCGAUAGAGAACCUGGAAAAGUUCACAUCAAAUCCUCCUUAAUAAUGAACGGCGUCUGCGUCAGAUGGAGGGGUUGGAUCGAUCUGGAGCGUCUCGACGGCAUCGGCUGCCUCGAAUAUGACGAAGAAUUGGGCGCUAAAGAAGAGGCCAGAAGAGAUAGCUACAUGAAGAUGAGAUGAAAAUUUCCGACUUGCCCUCAGUUUAUUUCGAUUUGAAAUAACUGCAUAUCUUCGCGU